CUUUCACUGCCAUUUGAUCUGGGAACACUGGUAUAGAACAUCUCAGAGCUGGACCGCCACACUGAGCUCUAGGUUAGGCCAAAUCUCUCAGCUUCCUUCAGCUCCUGGGAAUUCAUGGGUCCCGCACGUAACCUGUUUUGAGGCUGAUUAUAGGAGAGUCCCCACAUUAGGGAGCCAGAGCCUUAGGUUAAAGAAGUGACAGGUGAGGGACCACAGAUAUCACAGAAACCUCACGGUGCCCUGGGCAGAACCAGGACCAUGUCCACCAGCCUGACCACUUGUGAGUGGAAGAAGGUCUUCUAUGAGAAGAUGGAGGUGGCAAAGCCAGCGGACAGCUGGGAGCUCAUCAUAGACCCCAAUCUCAAGCCCAAUGAGCUGGGCCCCGGCUGGAAGCAGUACCUGGAACAGCAUGCCUCAGGCAGGUUCCACUGUUCUUGGUGCUGGCACACCUGGCAGUCUGCCAAUGUGGUCAUCCUCUUCCACAUGCACCUGGACCGUGCCCAGCGUGUUGGCUCAGUGCGCAUGCGCGUGUUCAAGCAGCUGUGCUACCAGUGCGGCACCUCACGGCUGGACGAGUCCAGCAUGCUGGAGGAGAACAUCGAGGGCCUGGUGGACAACCUCAUCACCAGUCUGCGUGAGCAGUGCUACGACGAGGAUGGGGGCCAGUAUCGCAUCCACGUGGCCAGCCGGCCGGACACCGGAUUGCACCGCAGCGAGUUCUGCGAGGCCUGCCAGGAAGGCAUCGUGCACUGGAAGCCCAGCGAGAAGCUGCUGGAGGAGGACGCCGCCUUCACCGAUGACUCCAAGAGGAAGGGCCAAGCUGGUUUUAUCUCCAACUUCUUCUCAUUUCGCUGGUGCCUUUUCUGGGGUGCCCUCUGCCUGGUCAUUGUCUACCUGCAGUUCUUCCGAGGCCGCUCGGGAUUCCUUUAAUGGGGUUGG